CAUAACAAACUUCUAGAAAGAGAAAGUGAGAGAUAAUCUUUCUUUUUUUCGUUUUUUUUUUUUCUGUUGUUUUUGUUUAAAGGCUUUGAGAUUUUUUUUUUCUCUCAAAUUCCUCGACGGCUUCGAAUAUAGAGAGGGAUAAAGGGAAAAAAGUUCUUUGAAACGAAAAAAAAGAAAAACCGAAAAAGGAUUUUUCUACAAAUUUUCUCUCUCUUUCCUGGAAAAAUAAAUAAAUUCCUAAAAAGCGUUGUCGAAUUUUCUUAGGAGGUGGUUAAUUCACGAUCUGAGCUAGGGUUUCGAAAAUGUUGAUCGGAGAUGCGAAUUUGCUUUGAUUUUGGCUGGCCGAUCUUGUUUUGCCCCAAUUAAGGGUUUUAUUUUAUUUUAUUUUGUUUUUGUGUCAGUUCUUCCUUGGCCUUCACCUUCCAAGACUAAUCAAUCCUUCCGGGGAAAACCCUUCAAUCCUUCAUCUUACCAUGGAGCCGGCUGUGGUCCUGGCCGCGUGGUGACUUUUUUCGCGAGAGAAAGCCAUUGGCGAAGAAGUGUGGCUUGUUUUUUCUUUGGCUUUCAGUUUCAUGUCUUUUGCGUCCUACUUCAUUGGCAUUCUAUUAAGGCGCAGUAAAUAAGUAAGAAAGUCAAGCAGUAAAAGUCAAAGCUCAAGCUUACACAGUCAAUGAAGGAGCACUAGCGUGAAAGGAAAGACAGGCUGCCUACUUUAUAUACGAUUUCUUGAACCUAGGGCUUAAUUUGGGAUAGUUAAAGAAAUGGAUGUUGAUUCGUCGAUGGUGCCAGAGAGCGAUCACGAUCAGAAUCACAACGGAGCUUCGCUAUCUCCGGCGCCGAUGGAGAGGGAGCAACAGCAACAAAAUCAGCAACUAGAGAACCAGGCUUCGCCACCGGGACCUGUUGGAUCUCUUUCUCCUCCGGCGCAACAACAGGCUGCAGCAGCUGCACCUGCUGCUCAAGGACAGCCCCAAACGCAGAUGGUGGGGCCGAGGUGGGCGCCCACUUAUUCGGUGGUGAAUGCGAUAAUAGAGAAGAAAGAAGACGGGCCCGGCCCUAGGUGUGGGCAUACCCUAACGGCUGUGGCAGCUGUUGGGGAAGAAGGGACGCCCGGGUUUAUUGGGCCUAGGUUGAUUCUGUUUGGUGGUGCCACGGCACUGGAAGGGAAUUCUGCUGCUUCUGGGACUCCAUCAUCGGCCGGAAGCGCUGGCAUCAGACUAGCAGGUGCCACUGCCGAUGUGCACUGUUAUGAUGUGUUAACUAAUAAAUGGUCUAGGAUCACCCCCUUGGGUGAGUCACCUACACCGAGGGCAGCACAUGUGGCAACUGCUGUUGGAACUAUGGUUGUUAUUCAGGGUGGAAUUGGUCCAGCCGGUUUGUCUGCUGAGGAUCUUCAUGUUCUUGACCUCACACAGCAACGACCACGGUGGCAUAGGGUUGUUGUUCAAGGCCCUGGGCCAGGGCCACGCUAUGGACAUGUGAUGGCUUUGGUGGGGCAAAGAUAUCUCAUGGCAAUUGGUGGAAAUGAUGGUAAGCGGCCUUUGGCUGAUGUAUGGGCCCUGGACACUGCUGCCAAGCCUUAUGAAUGGCGUAAAUUGGAACCUGAAGGGGAAGGUCCACCUCCAUGCAUGUAUGCUACUGCAAGUGCACGCUCGGAUGGUCUUCUGCUGCUCUGUGGAGGGAGGGAUGCAAACAGUGUGCCAUCGGCAAGUGCAUAUGGACUUGCAAAACACAGAGAUGGUCGUUGGGAAUGGGCAAUUGCUCCAGGUGUAUCGCCAUCUCCAAGAUAUCAACAUGCAGCAGUCUUUGUCAAUGCAAGGCUCCAUGUUUCUGGUGGGGCACUUGGCGGUGGACGCAUGGUAGAGGACUCGUCAAGUGUUGCAGUGUUGGAUACUGCUGCGGGAGUCUGGUGUGAUACAAAAUCUGUUGUUACAAGUCCAAGGACAGGCAGAUACAGUGCUGAUGCUGCUGGUGGAGAUGCUUCAGUUGAGUUGACAAGGCGUUGCAGACAUGCGGCUGCAGCUGUUGGUGACUUGAUAUUUAUUUAUGGUGGUUUACGUGGUGGGGUGUUACUUGAUGACCUCCUUGUUGCUGAAGACCUGGCUGCUGCUGAGACAACGACAGCAGCUUCACAUGCUGCAGCUGCAGCUGCUGCUUCUAAUGUGCAUGCAGGCCGGUUACCUGGAAGGUAUGGAUUUCUUGAUGAAAGAACAAGGCAAACAAUGCCUGAAGAAGUUCCUGAUGGAGCAGUUGUGCUGGGAAAUCCAGUUGCUCCCCCUGUUAAUGGGGAUAUGUAUACUGAUAUAAGCACUGAGAAUGCCAUGUUUCAAGGAUCCCGGAGAAUGAGCAAAGGUGUUGAGUACUUGGUUGAAGCAUCAGCUGCUGAAGCAGAGGCUAUUAGUGCCACACUGGCUGCUGCCAAGGCACGACAAGUUAAUGGAGAAGUUGAACUUCCUGAUAGGGAUCGAGGGGCAGAGGCUACACCUAGUGGAAAACAGAUGUCUACCUUGAUUAAGAUGCCUGAUUCAGCUGAGUCAAAUAAUGUUGCUCCAGCUGGAGUUCGGCUUCACCACAGAGCUGUUGUUGUAGCUGCUGAGACUGGUGGAGCUUUAGGUGGAAUGGUCAGACAGCUUUCCAUUGACCAAUUUGAAAAUGAAGGCAGGCGGGUUAGCUAUGGGACUCCUGAGAGUGCAACUGCAGCAAGGAAACUAUUAGAUAGGCAGAUGUCAAUCAAUAGUGUCCCAAAAAAGGUCAUUGCACAUCUUUUGAAGCCUCGCGGUUGGAAACCCCCAGUUCGUAGACAGUUUUUCUUAGAUUGCAAUGAAAUAUCAGAUCUUUGUGAAAGUGCUGAACGAAUAUUUGCAGUUGAACCAACUGUUUUACGGCUGAAAGCUCCUAUUAAGAUUUUUGGUGAUCUACAUGGGCAGUUUGGGGAUCUUAUGCGCCUUUUUGAUGAAUAUGGUGCACCUUCGACAGCUGGGGACAUUGCAUAUAUCGAUUAUCUCUUCUUAGGAGAUUAUGUGGACCGGGGCCAACACAGCUUGGAGACCAUUACUCUUCUGCUUGCUUUGAAGGUUGAGUAUUCCAAUAAUGUACAUUUAAUUCGGGGGAAUCAUGAGGCUGCGGAUAUCAAUGCACUUUUUGGCUUCCGGAUUGAGUGUAUUGAGCGCAUGGGUGAGAGAGAUGGAAUAUGGGCAUGGCAUCGCAUAAACCGUUUAUUCAAUUGGCUUCCUCUGGCAGCUCUAAUUGAAAAGAAAAUCAUUUGUAUGCAUGGUGGCAUUGGUCGGUCUAUAAAUCAUGUGGAACAGAUUGAGAAUCUACAGCGUCCGAUUACAAUGGAAGCAGGCUCGAUUGUUCUAAUGGAUUUAUUAUGGUCUGAUCCAACAGAAAAUGAUAGUGUGGAAGGGUUGCGACCAAAUGCUAGAGGUCCAGGGUUGGUUACUUUUGGGCCCGAUCGUGUUAUGGAAUUCUGCAAUAACAAUGAUCUUCAGCUGAUUGUUCGUGCUCAUGAGUGUGUUAUGGAUGGCUUUGAGCGCUUUGCCCAGGGACAUUUAAUCACCCUUUUCUCAGCAACGAAUUAUUGUGGUACUGCUAAUAAUGCUGGUGCAAUCUUAGUUUUGGGUAGGGAUCUUGUUGUAGUUCCGAAACUCAUUCAUCCUUUACCCCCAGCAAUGUCAUCACCAGAAGCAUCACCUGAACGUCAUAUAGAUGAUACAUGGAUGCAGGAACUGAAUGCUAACAGACCUCCGACACCUACUAGAGGUCGUCCUCAAGUAACAAAUGAUAGAGGCUCUCUCGCUUGGAUAUAGUACAUCCUUCCAAUUGUUUCUAUAUAUACUCAUUUGGGCUUAUGCAACCACCUGGGGAUUCUGGUCUUCUGUAUACAUGAUGCCAUACACGGGCAUUUCCGAACUUGUAAUCUCUCACUUUAAAAGUUUGAAGGCUUUAUGACUUUGUGGUUUUUCGCCGGUUUUCAGCACACGGUAGGCCUUGAAAUUUAUUAAAAUGCAAGUUCAGGAACCAGAUUGCAGGCGGCGUAGCUUUACUUUGGUUAUGUGCCGAACGUUGCAAUUUGGGUUUUUCCCUCUGUAAAUUGAGCCACAGGCACGUAGAAAGCAGUUGGGUGGUUUAUUCAAAAUGGGUUGGUAGUGUUGAGUAUUUGUCACAUUUAGUUUUUAUAUGUAUUUUUUUGUUCCUCGUUUUAGGUCUAAUAUUUUUUUCCACCUUGAGGUCGUUAUAUGUGAUGAUAAGAGAUACCAAUAUUAAAAAAUCUUUGUGGGCGUCACUUGUAUCAUAGAGGCUUUGAUUGGUGUAAUUCUCAUUUCAUCUUUGUCCAAUGUAACUUGUGUGUGAAGGUAAGAAACUUUUGUUCCAACAUGAACAGUUACAAGUUUUGGUCAUAUAUUUGUUACUUUCUCGUUUCCGCUUAUCCAUACACAUACUAAGAAGAGAUGUGGAU